ACAGACAGGAUGACAUCACACGUACAGCCCCUAUAUAACCACACACUUGGUGACUUUUAGAUCACUUCAGUUUCGACGACUCGAGAGACUCGUCUGUGUUUGGUGUUCGUGCUACGUUCCUUUGUUUAAGUAAAAAAAAAAACCUGGCGGUACAACCAUGCCGUGGUCGGCUGUUCGAGACCGACUGCUGUCGUUACUGCGCUCCUGCUGCCCGGCCCGGCGGAGACACAGGCUGAGGGAGCUGGAGGCCGAGCUGAGGGCCGAGCGCCUGGCGACGGAGAGACUGCGGGCCAGGCAGGGUUGGGACAGAAAGGGUCUGCUGGAGGAAGUGGACCAUCAGAUAAGGAUGAGGAUGCUCUCCGAGUCAGUGAGGAAGAGGCACCUGCUGACCUCUGUGUGGAAGGAGCACCUCUGUGAGACCCAGCUCCAGCAGUACAAGGAGAGCGUGACGUCCACGACCGAGGAGACGGAGAGAGCCAGACACAACCUGCAGGACGUGUGGAGGCUCCGACUGAUGGAGGAAGAGCAACACAGACUGGAGGAGAAAAGUAUGAAAGUGUGCUGGGAGGAGGAGAGAAGCACCAUGAGGCAGGAGAACGAGGAGCUUAUGAGAAGAGUCGGAGAACUAGAGGAGCUCCGACAAAAAGACAGAGAGCAGCAAACACUGCUAGAAAAAAGACUCCUGCUAGCUGUGGAGAAAGCCGAGGAGCUAGUGGCCACGUGGACGGGGAGAGAGGAGCAAAGAUCGGACGCAUAGGGUGAACUGGGAUCGUGCAAACUGGGAGGAGAAAAAGAACUUCAAAAAAUCGAACAACAAAAGAAAGGAAGGAAGGAAGGAAGGCAGGAAGAAAGGAAGGCAGACAGACAGACAGACAGACAGACAGACAGACAGACAGACAGACAGAAAGAAAGAAAGAAAGAAAGAAAGAAAGAAAGAAAGAAAGAAAGAAAGAAAGAAAGAAAGAAAGAAAGAAAGAAAGAAAGAAAAAGAAACCCCUCAGCAAUUAAAUACGCCUCAUCAUCUCACAGGAAGAAGGUCCCGGGUGACCUGGGAAUCGAACCCAGCUAAAUUUCAGCAGCUUAACCCUUAGAUGCAUGAGUGACUGGACCUUACACUCUUCCAUAAGUGGGUCAAAAAUGACCCGUGGUACAAUCAAUGUGUUUUUAUGCCACAUUUGUCAUUUUAAUUAAAAAUAAUCAUUUAUAUUAUAUUUAGUAAUAUAUUCUGGUCCACAAAAGAAUUAUUUCAUGUUUGAAAU